AUGAGCAGGCCACCACUGCAGGAUAGAAGGCCACCAAUGCAUGAUUGCAGACCACCACUGCAGGAAGGCCACCCACCAAGGAAGACUGGCAGACAAACACUGCAGAAUGGCAAGCCCCCACUGCAGGAUGGCAGAUCACGACUGCAGGAUGGCAGGCCAACAGUGCAGGAUGGCAGGCCACCACUGCAUGACGGCAGAUCACCACUGAAGGAUGGCAGACCACCACCGCAGGAAGGCAGGCUACCACUGCAGGAUGGCAGACCACCACUAACGGAUGGCAGGCCACUACUGCAGGAUGGCAGGCGACCACUGCUAGAUGACAGACCACCACUGAAAGAGGGCCGACCAACUCUGCAGGAUGGCAGACAACCACUGCAGGAUGGUAGACCACUACUGCAGGAUGACAGGCCACUACUGCAGGAUUGCAGACCACCACUGCAAGAGGGCAGACCACCACUGCAGGAUGGCAGGCCACCACUGCAGGAUGGCAGGCCACCACUACAGGCUGGCAAGCCAAAACUGCAGGAAGGCAGACCACCACUGCAGGAAAGCAGGCCACCACUGCAGGAUGGCAGGUCACCACUGCAGGAUGACAGGCCACAACUGCAGGAAGGCAGGCCACCAAUACAUGAAGGCAGAUCAUCACUGCCGGAUGCCAAGUCACCACUGCAAGAGGGCAGACAACCACUGCAGGAUAAUAGAUAA